CCCGGGCCCGGCGCGCGGCGGGGCAGGACUUCCGGGGCGGGGCCGGUUGUUAAGCGGUGAGGCUGCGGGACCGGCCCGAACUUUCCAGAAGAGUCGGGAUCGGAGCAGCACCGAGUGGGUUCUGCGUCCGCCGCCCCGGGGGACUCCUGCCGCCGCCACCGCCGCUAUGGUGAAGGAGACCACCUACUACGAUGUGCUGGGCGUGAAGCCCAACGCGUCCGCCGAGGAGCUGAAGAAGGCCUACCGCAAGCUCGCGCUCAAGUACCACCCGGACAAGAACCCCAAUGAGGGCGAGAAGUUCAAGCAGAUCUCGCAAGCUUACGAAGUGCUGUCGGACCCGAAGAAGAGGGAGCUGUAUGACAAAGGAGGCGAGCAAGCUAUCAAGGAGGGCGGCUCUGGCGGCGGCUUCGGGUCACCCAUGGACAUAUUCGAUAUGUUUUUCGGCGGCGGGGGAAGGAUGCAGAGGGAGAGGCGAGGUAAAAAUGUGGUCCACCAGUUGUCAGUAAGUUUGGAAGAUAUGUACAAUGGUGCAAUGAGGAAACUUGCACUGCAGAAAAAUGUCAUCUGUGACAAGUGUGAAGGUCGUGGUGGUAAGAAAGGUGCAGUAGAAUGCUGCCCUAAUUGCAGGGGAACAGGCAUGCAGAUCAGAAUUCACCAGAUUGGGCCAGGAAUGGUGCAGCAGAUCCAGUCUGUGUGUAUGGAGUGCCAGGGGCAUGGGGAGCGUAUCAGCCCCAAGGACCGGUGUAAGAGCUGCAAUGGCAGAAAAAUUGUUCGGGAGAAGAAGAUCCUGGAAGUUCACAUUGACAAAGGAAUGAAGGAUGGUCAGAAAAUAACAUUCCAUGGUGAAGGGGACCAAGAGCCAGGUCUGGAGCCCGGGGAUAUUAUUAUUGUCUUGGAUCAGAAAGACCACUCUGUAUUUACAAGACGAGAUGAAGAUCUACUUCUGUCUAUGGAUAUUCAACUGGUUGAAGCACUAUGUGGCUUUCAAAAGCCCAUCACAACUCUGGAUAACAGAACUAUUAUUAUUACCUCCCAUCCUGGCCAGGUUGUUGAGCAUGGGGCUAUUAAGUGUGUGUUGAAUGAAGGUAUGCCAAUCUAUCGCAGACCAUAUGAAAAAGGACGUCUGAUCAUAGAAUUCAGGGUGAUCUUCCCAGAGAGUGGCUUCCUCUCCUCAGAUAAGCUGUCCUUACUCGAAAAACUGCUACCUACAAGGCAGGAGAUAGAAGAAACUGAGGAAAUGGAACAGGUGGAAUUAGUGGACUUCGAUCCGUCUCAAAAGCGAAAACACCACUAUAAUGGAGAAGUGUAUGAAGAUGAUGAGCAUCAGCCUAGAGGUGGUGUUCAGUGCCAGACAUCAUAAAUGGGCCAGUGAAUAACUUGUGAUGCUUGUUUUGUAUGCGGUAGUGGAUGAGUGAAGGACUACAAGCAGUUUACCCUCACCUGCUAUUUGUUGUUCUAUCCAGCCAUAGUCAUUUCUAAAAGCAUAAAGAAAUAAACUAAGUUACUAAACUGACUUUGCGAUUUGUAUAAAGCUCCAGGAUGCAAGCUGAAAUGAAGUUGACUGCACUUCACCCCUGCCUCUUGGUCCUGAAAACUCCCUUACCUGCUUGUCUUUUAUUCCAAACCUUGUAAUUCCUGUAUGUGUGCAAUUGCCCAGGCUUAAACUAAGAUUCUGUGGUGUGCUUUUUAGAAAUUCUAGAUCUUACACUCUGUGAAUAAAGUAUGCACAAGUACUUAUAAUCCAUGGUAAAAUGUAGUAAAGUUUUGUACCAAUUAGUAUAAUAAUGUGUGGGCUUGUACUGGUGUUCGUUAAACAGGGCCUGGCUGUAAUGCACCCACAUGGUAGAUGAGGCUAACACAGAUGUGGUCAAUCUUCACAGGCCCAUUAAUGUAAUGAGAUCCCCAAGCUCUCCACACUAUUCCACAUGAGGUCAGAUAGUCCUUUCCUGUGCCAGCGUUCGUCCUGACCCCAGAGCUAGGUGUGGAGCUUGCUUUGUUUCAUCAGUGACUCAUGUUUGGCUGCUGUCCUGCGCCACACUGCCUGUGGAGCCAGGGGUUGCUUGGAGCGGCCUUGGCUACUGUGCAUUAGUAAAAUCCUCUAGGCUUUGUCAGCAUGCAGGUGGCUUGAAAGGUCAGACUGCUGCUAGGUGAAGCUUGAUUUCCACCCUGAUUACUGAAAUCAGAUACCCUGGGUGUGUUGUGGAGAGCGGCACCGGUCCUCUUAGUGGGUAUAUGUGAUCCUGCAAAGGAAAGAAGGCUGUUGAAAACAACCAACCACUGCAUCUAGGAUGUUCUGCAAUGAAUGUAUUGUGUGCAUUAUUUCAAGCUGACUCUUAUAUUUCUGUAUGAAUGUUCUAAUUAUUGUAGAUGAAGUGUUUCCGAUAUAAUUACAAAAUUGUUCAUUGCCUCUUUUCUUAGACCAGAUGUUGGUUCAAAAACACCACCCCCUUCUUUUUAGACAGCUAUUCACAGAAAAAUCUUUAAAACCUUCUUUCAGAAAAUAUGCUGAGAGGACAUGUCCAGAUUUAACCUCUCGUGUGGUAGUUUAGUCUUAACCAUCUGGCUUGGGACAGAGCUUAUGCUUUUCUGCUUGGAAGCAAAAGUGUCGCGAGGAGAACUCAUCUAAGUAGCUGCUGCGUGGCAGUACAUGUAUUGUAACCUGAAUAUCUGGAAGCUCUUAGACAAAACAUCUCUAGUUUAUCUAAGUGUUACAAGUUUCAUUGUAUAAAGACAGCUAGUAUACCAUGGAUUUUGUACCUCAAAUGUGGUCCCUUUCAGGUACUUACAGAACUGUGAUAUUUCACCUGCAUGUUUCACCUACUUUUCUGUUUUCUUUCUCAACAGAAAUAAAAUUCUGUAGGCCAA